AUGAAGACUUUAACAAUUGUAUCCCUUGUCAUGGCCUCUGCCUUUAGUAUAGUUUCUGCAAGAUGUAGUUUUGGCGCUCAAGCUGGCUGUGGUGGAAGUGAAUCAAUCAACAAGAGAGACUUUCAAUGCUGUAUGGACAGAUUGGAAAGGGCUGACCACUUCAAGAAAUCUGAAGCUACUUGUGGUUCCAUCAGAUGUAGCGGUUUCGUUGGAAAUGAUUUCAGAGAUUUAAGACAAAAGCUCUGGGAUCAGUGCUUAAGUGGUGGAAGAAGUCACCAUGAUGGCCAAUCCUGGUGCAGAGGAAUUGAAAGUGAUAUGUACUUAAGAUAUGAUAAGAUCUAA